AUGCUUUCAAGCCGACUGCGACGACAUGUCGCAGCUGGUGCUCGGCGUUUUUCAGCUUUGCCAAAGUUGAGGCCAGUCCCACAACACAAGACACUGGAUGUUCUUCAAGCAACCUCCGCGUUGCUCCCUCGGGUCCUCACCGACGCUCAGCAAUUGCGACUCUGGGAUGGCAUUCUCGCAAGUGCCUUAGCGGACGUCCAGUCGUCUCAAUCACGGCCCAUAAGACUCGUAGUUUGGGGAAGCAAUCAGGCUGCAGCAGGCGAUCUCGUGACAGCCUUGCUAGAGCAGCCGUUUGCCCAGAACGAUCACCUGCGAACUCGAUGGUCUACAGCGCAGCCCCACACAACCAAUCUUAUCCUGGAGUAUCCCUCCUCGCUGCCGAUACCCAUUCAACUCAUCGAGACCCGGGAUUCCGCUUUGCUAGCCACUGCUGAUGUGGCUAUUGUGGUUGCCCCCAUUUCGGAGGCUCGAGCGCUGAACCUCCCUCGUUCCGACCUUGUUGUGUUGAACAUGGACGAUCUUGGAAGUGUAGAGACUCCGCUUCGCGCCUCCACUUCCCAAUCUCCAUCAAAUUCACCGAAAUACUUUCUCGUCAGCCCUUCCCAAGCCGCUGCCGCUUUGCAGGUCGUGCAACAAUCGCCUUCGUCCUCCGAAUCUGUACAGCGCUACCAAACCGCGUUUGUUGCAUCGCGUAUGCCCCAAUUGAUCCAGUCGCUCAACGAGACCCUGGCCUCGAUAGACAGUGCUUCAUUACAAGAACGUACUGCUCUUCUUCACACCCGAGCGGCUCUGGCGGCGUGUCGAGCAGCGCUUGAGACGUCGUGGGUGGAGACAGACCGACUCGCCACCGCUAUCAGCCAGCUUCGCUCGCAAAUGGAAGAAGAGCGUGUGAGGGUUCACCUUGAUGUCUUGGGACAAGCGGAUGAGCAUAUCGUAGACCGUGCAGUUCAAGAAGCUACGGCCUACGUCAAACUAAAAAUAGAGCAUAUGAGACGAUGGUCCCGUUCAAUGUGGACAAUUGAUGAAAUAACAUCGACCAUGGGCCAGAUGGUACAAAGAGUUUGGAGGAAUGAUCUGGAAAAAGAGCUAAUAUACCACGCCGGUCGGCUACAACAAAUGCAAGAGCGGUACACGACUCGAGCUUUUCGUCUUACUUCUCUGUCCAAUACUGGACCGCUUCACUCACCUCUCCUGGAGAACAAGCUGAAGCAACUCGCGGCGGUCCCAACAUUCGCCAUCCUACCUUCAUCACUGUCAGGGCCCCUUGUCAAGCGCAAUUCCUCUAUCGUCGAGAUACCUACAGCCCGCCUACAUGUGGCUGGCCAGCGAGCGCUGUUCGGCAUGGGCGGUGCGAUAGUGACUGGGAUGACCAUAAGCUGGACAGGCUAUCUUGGCUUCUUUAUGAACACUAAUGGGCUCGCGAGCUCCAUUGUUCUCGAGCCAGGGACCGCAGUCGCCACGGGCAUGCUGAUCUCCGUCUUGGGCGUGCAUUGGGCCGCCAGGAAAUGGAACAAGGCUCUCAAGGCUUGGCUGGAUGACUUCGUCCGCGUCGCUGGCGGUAUCAAGCAGGACGUGUCUCACACGCUGGACGAGACUAUGGAAAAACAAGUUCUGGUGGUUGCCGACGCCGGUUGUGUUGAACUGUCGAAGCGGAUUGACCAACGCCAAAUUGAGUUGAAAAAACUACAGGAGACGAUAGAUACACUGCUUUCCCAUGUAUAUUCUCUAGAGCACAAGAGAGCGAAAUAA